CCGUCGCGCCCCGCGCGCGCCCGCCGCGCCGCGGAGCUCCGGGGGCGCGUCUCCGACCUCAGCGAGGGGGUCGCGCCGGCUGGCUUCGGGAGGCAACGGCAGCGAGGAACCCGAUGCGGGCGAGCGGGGCCGGAGAUGGCGGCGGCUGGAGGCGGCGACUGCGGGGGCGCAGCGCUCGAGGCGGACCGGCCUCACCAGCGGCCUUUCUUGAUCGGGGUGAGCGGCGGGACCGCCAGCGGCAAGUCAACUGUGUGUGAGAAGAUUAUGGAGUUGCUGGGUCAAAACGAAGUGGACCACCGGCAGCGCAAGCUGGUCAUCCUGAGCCAGGACCGGUUCUACAAGGUCUUGACAGCAGAGCAGAAGGCCAAGGCCUUGAAGGGGCAGUACAAUUUCGACCACCCAGAUGCUUUUGAUAACGAUUUGAUGCACAGGACUCUGAAAAACAUUGUGGAGGGCAAAACUGUUGAGGUCCCCACCUAUGACUUUGUGACGCAUUCGAGGCUCCCAGAGACCACGGUGGUCUACCCUGCAGACGUGGUCCUGUUCGAGGGCAUCUUGGUCUUCUACAGCCAGGAGAUCCGGGACAUGUUCCACCUGCGCCUCUUCGUGGACACUGACUCCGACGUCAGGCUGUCGAGAAGAGUUCUCCGAGACGUGAACCGCGGGAGGGACCUGGAGCAGAUUCUGACCCAGUACACCACCUUCGUCAAGCCGGCCUUCGAGGAGUUCUGUCUGCCGACGAAGAAGUACGCCGACGUGAUCAUCCCCCGCGGGGUCGACAACAUGGUCGCCAUCAACCUGAUUGUGCAGCACAUCCAGGACAUCCUGAACGGGGACAUCUGCAAGUGGCAGCGCGGAGGGGCCAACGGGCGGAGCUACAAGAGGACAUUUCCUGAGCCAGGAGGCCACCCCGGGGCACUGACGGCGGGCAAGCGGUCGCACCUGGAGUCCAGCAGCAGGCCACACUGAGCGGCAGCGCCUGGCCUCAGGCAGGUGCCCCGGGGGUGCCAGCCUGCCCCCAGACACCCCGGCCACGUCCUCUCGCCGCCAGGACGGCCGGUGGUGAGGGUCAGGGCGUCCCUGGCAACGGGGACGCCCGUACACAUGUUCCAACUCGGUGGGACAGGGUUACAGUGGUGUUGGCCCUGCUUCCUCCCAGUACGCAGGGUCGAGGCGGCAGGUCGCUGCGCAGGGUCGCGGGGGGUGGCCCUUUGCUGCUGGCUGCCGGGAGAAGGCCGGGCCGGGCUGGGAGAACGGCCGUGCGCGGUUUGACAGUGCUCUCACGGCGAGCGGCUUUUUCUAGUUUGAUCUGGUUCUCACACAUACAGCUGCAAGUUCGAAGAGAUAAAACUUCCCCUUUUUGUAUGUUCUACCUCCCAGUGUGUGCUGUUUUAUUCUUUCGUUACACACGCUAGUUAACAUGACCUAUUAACCCAGUUUCAUGACCUGCCAGUGGGUGGUGACCCAGUCUGGUACAUGCUGAUCCAGGGGCCAGAAACGUGUCCUUUCUCCUGGCCUAGGCUGGGGAAGGAGCUCCGGCGACAAGCGCUUUCUUAACCAGCACCAGGCACAAGGCAGGGCCUCCUGCUCACCCAGCCCAGAGCCUGCCUGGCCCUGGCAGGUGGGGUACCUGAGCCCAGGUGCUGUCUGGACAGGCCUUCCUAGUACAGCCCAGGACCAAGUCCAGGGCUCUCCACCCCCAGCCACGGCGUGUGCUGGCCAAGGAUCGAGCGAGGGCCGUGGCCCGAAGCCAGCCCGUCUCCAUCCCUCAUCCAGGUCCACACCUCACAAACAUGCCGUCUGUGUCGCCUUGGCGUGCCUGCCCUCCCGUGAGGGGCGUCCUGAGAACGGUCCUGUCCCACUGCCACCAGCUGCGAGGCACGGGCACCAUCGGGUGUCUUUCUAGCGCACGGCUACUGUUACACAGCGCGUGACAUCGGCCCCGCCCUGGGGCUGGUAUCUCACGACGGACAGUGUUGUCGAGCGUCCUGCACCCUUUUGGAGAGGGACUCAAUAAACACCAC